AUGGCGACAUCCAUAUCUUCGCAGCAGGUGGUAGAUGCGGAGCAAAGUCACGCAGGCGCUUCGCCAUCGCCAAAACGAAAACCUAAGCUCAGUCGUGUGCAAACUUUCAAUAACUCGGUGUCUCAAGGCAUCGAUGUGUUUUCCCCUGUCAAUGAGAAUGGUAGCUUUGAGUUUGACAGGAUCAUCAAGGCUGGCGACAGGCAGACCUGGAAGCCGAUGUACCUUAUCCUUCGACCUCACACCAUGUCGCUGUAUAAGGACGCGGAAGGAACGAAGCUUCGAUUUCAACUCAAACUAUCCGAUAUAACCGCGAUUGCUCGACAGAAGGAUCCCAAGGGAAAGGCCGAACAUGUGUUCGGGGUGUUUUCAUCCGCCAGAACCGUCCACCUUGCCGCCAAAACAGACAAAGAGGUAACAGACUGGGUCAACCUCAUCCGCCAGGGAGCACGAAUCGACGAGGCAGAUGAUGAACUUGACAUAUUACAGUCCCCCAGCGAGGAUACGGGACCCAAUCCUACCUUUGGCAAUUGGACCAUGGAUAGCGCCAUGGACCGCGGGCGUACACCUUUGGGCGUGCAACAACCCGCUGCGAUGGCGAGCAGCUCUUCCGAGCCGGAAGGAAUGCCCGUUCCGAGUAGAAAGCCCGGCGAGCUCCACAGUGCGGCUGCUGCAUCGCGGAAGACCGGCUAUUCGGGAAAUGACAUGAGCGUUUCGGACCUAUCGGAUAUUGGUGGAUCGAUUCGGCCUGACGGCGUGCCCUUGUCCUUGUCGAAAUCACGGGAGGGCUCACAUCCUGAAGCACAGCGGGCCCUCAGCUCAACGAGCAUCACAGGGCAAGGUGCCUCCGUUCCUGAAGGAUCGGAGGAUCGGAUAAUCUACCAAGGUUGGCUGCACCUUUUGAAAACGAAAGGCGGAGUCCGACAAUGGAAGAGGCUGUGGUCCGUCUUACGACCGAGGAACUGUGCCUUCUAUAAAAGCGAAGAAGAGUAUUCCGCCGUCCUAAUCCUACCCCUCUCCUCGCUGGUCUCGGCCGUGGAAAUCGACCCCGUUUCCAAGAGCCGGCCGUAUUGCAUGCAGCUCAUCGCCGACGAUCGAAACUACCGGUUCGCCGCGCCCAGCGAAGAAAAAUUGGCCGCGUGGCUAGGCGCGUUCCUGAGCCUGUUCGCAAAGCGGAAGCAGGGAUGGAAGCGAGAAAGCCAGCUGGAGUCUGGCCAACUCGAGGAUGUUGUGGACGGCAAUCGAUCACGGAGGACAACGGCGGAGGUAAAAGAAAACACUCCGGGGGGGGGUGAAGGGAGGGGCGACGGGCAGGCAAUGAACAGGCAGACGAAGGCCCAUAACAGCAUGAGCACGAUUGCAAGCAGCCGAGUGGGACUGGACGAUUCAGCGCCUGUUGCCGUUUCAGGGAAGUAG